AUGGCGCAGACCCGGAGCGCAAAGCUAGCAGACAACUGCCCAGCGACAGCAGCGGAGGAGGAAGAGGACGAGGAGAUGGAGACCGAGAUGCCGGAAUACAGUGACGCGGACCGUGUUUCCGUCGUCGAGGAUGUCCUCGCCGGCAACGACCACCUGUGGUGCCGCCUGGUGCGGAUCGAGACCUCGGGAAACAACGUGUUCCCACCGGGAAACUUCAAGUUUGGCCGGGACCAACCUGUGCUUUCAUUUGGAAGGGAGGGGCAGGGGCAGGGGCAGGGGCAAGACCGCGAGCUGAUGACGUUCGUCGCACCGGCGAAGGCGUAUAUAGAAAUCCGCCGGACUCUGACGGCCAACAGCGAAAUUGCACGCGUCGAUCACGCUGAGCAGGGAGGGCAACGGGCUCAUGGAGCGCAUCAUGAUCCGGGAUCACGUAUCCACGAACGGGACUUGGGUGAGCGCGCACCGCCUCCGCUCGCUGCCAUCCCCCCAUCAAUCUGCGGCGCACAGGUUAUACGAAAAAUCGGCGAAUUGCCGAGCGAAGCCAGCCUGGUCCCGCACAACCAAGCGUACGAGCUGGUUGAUGGCGACGAGAUCCGCUUGGGCGCCGCGCCGGGGCGUACUGUAGCGGGCAAUUUCUUCCACUUCCGGUUCCACGACAUGCGCCCGCGCACGACUGAUGAGUACAACAUCCACGAGUCGAUCGCCCACGGCGGACACGGACGGGUGUUCAAAGGGAGUCACAGACGGACCGGCACCAUAGUCGCCAUCAAACGCAUCGAUCCGGGCACACUGGCAUCGACCUCGGCUACCGUUGCUGCCAUCAUCUCGAAGGAGAUCCAAGUCCUGAAAAGGCUUUCGCACGAGAACAUCGUUGGAAUCAGAGACAUCUACCGAUUGCGCGGUGACGGAGUGGAACUCGUGCUGGAGUUUGUUGAUGGUGGUACCCUCCGGCAGUUUAUCUCCCGAUACAAAGGACUGAGCGAGCGAGCGUAUGACGAAGCACCUCAUGCGACAGCUCUUCACUGGGCUGGCCUACAUGCACACGACGCAGCAUCCUCCGCCUAUCGCAUCCAGCACCUCACUGGCGAGGACAACAUCCAGACGUGGACUGUCAAGAUGACGGACAUCUUGACAGACAUGGGUCUUCACGGCUACCCAUCCGGGACUAUCCCCAAACCAGCCUUACCUGACAGCGAUGCCACUGUCAUUGCCUGGUCCGAGAAGGACCGCCGUGCUCUAUCUGCAAUCCGACUGCGCGUUGCGGACGGGCCACUCAUAUAUAUCACGGACGCAAAAACUUCGCAGGCCGCAUGGGACACGUUGAUGGCCACCUAUCAGUCAAAGGGUGUCAUCGGCAUUGUUCUGUUGCGCCGCAAACUUUCACGUACCACAUGCGCUGAUGGCGCUGACAUCGAAGAUCAUAUUCGUACACUUACCUCCAUUCGCACGCAGCUCUCGGCCCUCGGCUCCCAAGUCGAGGACAAAGAGUUCUGCAUCAUCCUCCUCACAUCUCUCCCCGACUCCUGGGACUCAUUCAUCCGCGGCGUUGACACCUCUGCCCUCACCACUCCCGCUCCACUCAUUGCCCGCAUUCUCGAACAGCAACAUCAGAUGACCAGCCGAUCCGAAGCGAAUGAAGUCGCUCUUGCCGUACGUAACCGUUUCCAAGGCAAAGGCAAGAACUCGAAGGCCAAGUAUAACGGCAACAUAUCUUGCUUCGGAUGUGGCAGACCCGGACAUGUCAUUGCCGACUGUCGCGAUACAAAGGCAGGCAAGACAUUUACAAAAGAACAAAAAGAAAGGAAUGCACGGGGAGACGGUGGGAAGAGCGGAAAAAAUCCUAGUUGGGCACAUGUCAGCCAGGAUCAAGGGAACAAUUCUGAAACAUCUGGCUGGCAGAUAGCGGCGCUACUAAACACAUAGUACGAAACAAAACACACUUUUCCUCUUAUUUUGAGACCCCGCACCACACCGUCGAAGGAUUUGGAUCAUCACCAAGUCCUGGAAAAGGAACUGUCAACAUCACGUCACAUGUCGGAAACUCGGCUUACAAACUCCGACUCGACAACGUACUCCAUGUCCCCACUGCUCCAUUCAACCUGCUCUCUAUCGGAGCAAUGACAAAGGCAGGACUUUCUGUUCAGUUCCAGGGGGAGAUAAUGAAGGUUUUCACUCUGGAUGCCAAACCCCG